AUGCCGAGUCGGACUAGGAACACCGAGUUUGCGGUAGUUGAUGGAUGGCGCGUCGCUGUCAGGAAGAAAGAGUUUAACGUCGGCGACCUGGUCGUUUACUGUGAAAUAGACUCCUUCCUUCCCCAAGCGAACCCAGCAUUCUGGGAAUACUGCUACUCGGGCAACCUUUAUGAGCUAGAUGGAGAGCUAGGAUAUGCGGUGAAGACAAAGGUUUUCGAUUAUCACAUUUCACAAGGUCUUGUCUUCCCUCUCAAUACUUUCAGUGUUGUCGUCAACGUCAAGCAAAAGCUCGAGAAAGAAUAUCCCCCGACUGAAGCUGUCAAGAGGCUUAUGGAGGUUGACUUCGCUCCUAUGCUCGGUGUGAGGAAGUGUGAGGACGAGUUCCACCAUCCUGCUGCCAGCUACGGUCACUCACCCAUGUUCUUCCCACAGCCUGGCUGCGAGCGUGCCCAGAACAUAGUGAAUCUCUUUGAACUCUAUGGCAAGACAGAAUUCCAAAUCACCGAGAAGAUAGACGCCGUUCCCAUGACGGUCUACUACGUUGAUGAAGAUUCCGAGUGGCAUGCUGAGUUGAAACGAGUCGCUGGCCAAGAACACCCCAACCGCCCGAAUUUUGGCGUAUGUGGUAGAACUGAAGACUAUAUCGAGGACAACAACUCCAUCUUUUGGCGCGUGGCCAGGGAGGAAAGAAUAAUUGAGAAGCUGGUUAGGCACCAGCGAAGAAACGUAGCCGUCCAGGGUGAGCUUUGCGGUUCAAGCAUCAUAAGGAACAGCAUGGGCUUUGAUGAGGGCACCCACCGCUUCUACGUGUUUAGGAUUUUUGAUAUCGGAAAGCAAAAAUGGUACCCUGUCGGCCAGUGCAGGAAUGUUUGCAUCGGCAACGGACUCAUGCACGCUCCUAUCUUGGACCGCCUUCUCCUGGAACACUUUGCCAGAGACAUGGAGGAUCUCAUUGUGCGAGCUGAAGGAAGGGGGGUCAAUGGAAGGCGGCGUGAGGGGAUCGUUUUCACGACCAAAGACAAUUCGUUCAGCUUCAAGGUCAUUGCCAACAACUGGCUGCUGAAAUGGGGCCAGGAGAAGGUGUACCAAUGGUAG